AUGUACAGAUGUUUAAGCAGUUUUAUUGACUUUAAGAACAAAGAUUAUGCUCCGAUAUGUGAUUUUAAGGGGAAAGAGCCAAUUAUUUGUUGUACAGACUGUUCGCUUGUCAAUGACACAAGAAAAAUGAUUAUAAGCCCUAGUUUUGGCAUAAUUCACCAAACCGGACAAAAAGCUCAAGACAAAUGUAUGGAAUUUAUAGACAAGCUCAACUACCCUUGUAAAUUAUUUCGUCGUGUUGAACUGAGCAGAAUUUAUAUACCUGAUACAAAUUGCAAUAAAGUCAUUGAAGAAGAAAAAACUAACACUACAUCUGGAGGCAGUGAUUCAUUAAGAGAUGAAUUUCCACAUAUGGCUCUGUUGGGAUACGGUCCUAAUGUUAAAUCUGCUGAGUGGCUUUGUGGAGGCUCUGUCAUCAGUGAAAGGUUUAUUCUCACUGCUGGUCAUUGCUUAGGAAGUCCUACCCUGGGUCAAGUCAAGUACAUAGCCCUUGGCAUAUUGAAACGCACGGACCCUCCAGAAUUGUGGCAGAUAUACAACGUGAAAAGGAUCGUUGCUUACCCAGGAUACAAAUCGCCUUCAAAGUACCACGACAUCGCACUCCUGGAGACGGAUACUGAGAUAGCAUUUAAUGACCACGUGUUACCAGCCUGUCUUCACACGAGAGGAGAAGUAGAAGAUAUUUUAUUCGCAACUGGUUGGGGUGCACUUGGGCACAAGAAAGACUUAGCUGAUACCUUACAAAAUGUACAACUAUCAAAAUUUGAUGACAAAGAAUGCUCCAAACAUUAUCCACCACAUAGACAUCUGAAGUUUGGAUACAAUAACACAACACAAAUGUGUUACGGAGACAGACUAGAGCCAAAAGAUACGUGUUCGGGUGACAGCGGCGGUCCUCUUCAAACCAAAAACUAUGACACAUUCUACUGCACAUCCACUAUAUUUGGCGUGACGUCAUAUGGAAGACAGUGUGGUAUUUCAGCUGGAUCUGGCAUGUAUUCCAGAGUCCAAUACUAUGUACCUUGGAUAGAGAGUGUAGUGUGGCCUUGA